AGACAAAGGAGCCAAAGAGUGAAGAAGAAGCAGAGAAAGGGCAGGGGAGAGAGAGAGAGAGAGAGGAAGGGGAAGGAAGCAUGGAGGCGGCGAUGGAUCUGAUGCGGCGGAUGCCGCCGGGGAGGGCCGAGACGGCGCUCAACGCGCUGCUCUCCCUCCUCCCCGACCACUCCCUCGACCUCCUCUCCCAGGUCGACCUCCCGCUCCAGGUUUGCAUGGAUAAGGAGAGCUUGAAGGAAUACAUCCUAUGCGAGUACAACCGUGAUGCCGACUCCUACAGAUCUCCGUGGUCUAACAAAUACGAUCCUCCCUUGGAAGAUGGAACAGUUCCCUCUGAGGAGAUGAGGAAUCUUGAAGUUGAGGCAAAUGAGGUUUUCUCUGUCUACCGUGACCAGUAUUACGAAGGUGGCAUCUCUUCUGUGUAUAUUUGGGAGGAUGAAGAUGAGGGUUUUAUUGCAUGCUUCUUAAUAAAGAAAGAUGGACAAGGAAAAAGAGGCCACAUGCAAAUAGGUUCAUGGGAUGCUAUUCAUGUCAUCCAGGUUGGUCCUGAAGAAGAAGGUGCAGCACAUUACUGCUUGAACAGCACUGUGAUGUUGUCAUUGACAACAGAUAACAAGCAAUCUGGAACUUUCAACUUGUCAGGAUCAAUCAGGCGCCAGAUGAGUAUGACUCUUGCUGUGGCUGAUGGGCACCUGGUUAACAUGGGAAGAAUGAUAGAAGAAAUGGAGGGCAAGCUGAGAAAUUCAUUGGACCAGGUUUAUUUUGGGAAGACUAGAGAGAUGGUUUGCACGCUUCGGCCGCCACCCGAAGUAUUAAAUAUGAGGCUUCCUGACAGCUGAUCAAAUGCACAGAGAUGUGAAUUUUAACACAAGAACUCUACUAUAUAUUAAUUCUGCAAUUAUCUCCCUACCUAGUUAGUGCCAUAGCGUCUCUUUUCGCCAUUCAUCUGUAUUUAAUAGUCUCCAAAUGAACACCAUUUUGAGCCAUCGUAGGAAUGUCUUCUCCAGUGAAUUGUGAGGAACUGGGCAAAGCUUCUUCUUCAUAGCAGAAACAAGAGAGUUUUAAGCAAGGGGGCAGGAGUUUUGUAUUUGCCGAACAAGAUUCCGCUGCCCCUGCGACUGCGGGCAACAUUCUCUGUCAUCUUUG